GCGUGGUAUAAUCUGACGGCCCUCGCCCGAGCAGUCAAUGUGACGCGAUAUGCCCCUCUGUUCGAAGACCUUGUCAUGGUUGGUCCGCGCAUUGUCAUGAAGCUUGGCUCUCUCAUGGCGGCACCUGAUUCCCUCGCCCUUCCGGCCCAAGAUGCCAUCUCAUCUGCGGCUGCGUCUGUGCCUGAACAAGAGAUUCUUCGUCCCAUCACUACCGACUCGAGCCUCUAUAGCAACAUUAUGAGCGUGGCCACAGCUCCCGGCUCCCAGGCCCAGCCGGCUUCGGCACAGCCGCCGUUCUUGUCUCUGGACGGAGUUCGAGGCUUGGGCAGCGUCUUCAGCUAUGCCACCAGCAGAUGGGCCCUCUCGUGCAUUGCCAUGGCUGUUGUUCUGAACCGGACUCAUAUCUUUGCUGCCACACGGAGGAGGUUGCGGCUCCGUUGGCAAGUCAGACUCCUGUUGCGAAUCAUUCCUUUUAUUGUGCUUGUCUUGCAGGCCAGAACUCUUCUGCAGUCUAUUCAGUGCCAGACCUCGCCAAAUUUUUCGCAGUUGCGUUGGGGCGAUGCCAAUAGAAGCUCCGACCUCAUGUUCUCCCAUUCAAAUACUUUUCUAAACACCAUGAGCUCGUCGUUACUUUUCGGAGCUUCAGACGAGCAAUCCUGUGUUGCUGCCGACAUGGUGCCGUCAUCAGACCCAGACGCUCUUCGAGAGCUUCGAGGAUCUCUAUCACGGUUGUGGCCUCUAUUCGGCACUUUCUGCCUCAGCCAAUUCCUUGAGACUAUUUCCUGUGCUGUUCAAGGCCGCCCCGUUGCUGCCGAGACAGGCAUGACUCUGUUUGAACAGUCACUUGCCUUUGCUGAGGCCGAUGCUGCCGUAAACAAUCAGCUUGGCUGGGGCGCGUUUUCCAAAUACCAAAGCCCGGUGCCUGCAUCGCUUAACCAAGGAGGUACCGUUGUUAUGACACGAGCGGCAAUCCUAAGACGUGUCAAUACAUCCCCUGAAGUCUUGUGGAUCGCCUUCCUAUCUUCCAUGACACAUAUUACAAGCCAUCUCUUGGGUGUGUUUGAUCUCCAAGCUAAACAUCGCCUCCUCAACACGGGAUUCUGGGGCCUGUGCUUCAUGGGUAGUCUCGUAUGGAGCUUUUUAGCCUUUGAGACAGAUAAUCCUGCGUCUCACGGGUUUUUUAGGUAUCCCACUGUCUGUAUUAUUGGAUUUGUCCCCCACGUAUUGAUUCUUAUUGGCAUUGUCAUGUGUCUAUUUGUCUACGGCCUUGCGUUGCUGCUCACGGCUGUGAUGCCGCCUGCCAGUCAACAACAUUCCAGGAUGACCUUUCGCCAGCGCCUACUCCACGCGCAUGAAAAUAUGCAAGCCAAUGUCUCCUUAUCGGAACUUCGCAUCACGCGAGAAAUGGAUUUCUACACUGCCCUGCUGAGGACGGGGUUUGCUGCUAUAACCAUGGCCAGCGAGGCUGUAUACCUGAAUGAAGACCGCGGUGUUAGCCUGAAACACCAGACCUGGCUCGAAGAGGCCCGUUAUCGAGAGGCCGAGGAGUUGCGGAGGCAAUGGAUUAGCAUGGGCCUCUCUGACCCGCGUUACGACCAGAUCGGCACUAUCGGCCUAAUACCUGUCAAAGAUGGACCUCUUUUGCCCCCUAAUGGUUAUAGUCGGGAGCGUGCUGCGCAAAAGGUUCCCCGCGGUCGUGGCGACAAGGUGUUGAGAGUGGGCAUUGGUGCUUCCGAGAGGAGCUCGAGAUGGCUUCUUGCUCUAGAGUUCCUCAUUGGCAUCAACAAACUUCUGGCAAGGGUGUUUGCCUUGUCCGUUCUGUGGAUCCUUGGUGUCUGCCGCCUCCAAACUCGCCCUUCCUGGCUGCUGUGGCUCGCGAGCCGUUCUAAGACGCCCGGGGCAGAUAAUGCGUCGAGACAGAGCCGUGGCUCUAGUGGAAGCAAAGAUGCAAUGGUGAAACCGCUAGAUGGAGAAUCUCUCAAAAUGGAUGCUCUGGAUAUCGAGGCCGAAUUUAGACGAGUCGAUACGAGCCAAGACGAAGAAACCCUCGAUGGAGAUCUCUACAAGUACUGGCUCAAAGGUGGAUGGUGGGGCUCCAACGAUAUGAGUGGAACGUAUCAGCCUGGUGAAGAAGAGGACGACUGGGAUAAUACGAGCGUUAUUACCAUGACCACAAAUGGAGGCGAAACGGAAGAAGAAGACGAAGAUGGCUGGACAUCGGACGGGGGGAGCGGCCAGAGAACACCUACUCAGCGCUCACCACGGCCCGGACGUGAAGGCACUCCGUUCCUUGAUAGUCCACUCGCCAUGAGCGAUCUUGCUCGUCUCCUGCAUCCUACUAGUUUGGAAGAGCGGCAG